CUGAGCUACGGAAAAUUCGGUCCGGGAAAUCAAUAUCUGUUCAAAGUUAGCUUAUUUUUUGCUAGUUAUAUGUUUGAUGUUUUUUAUGAGUUAUUUUAAUGAAAUCAAUGGUAAAUGUUAGACAAAUUAGUCUCUAAAAUAAUAAAGAUUUCGAAAACUCUAAUAAGAUAAAGGGAAAAUUUUCGCGUAGUGUUGUAUUAUCGUAGAUACCAGUAAGGGAAAAUAAGGACAGCCAAUCAGACUCACCACCUGAAAACAAACGUAAAUCCCUGUUGGUAUUAGGAACUGAAGAAAAUAUAUUUUACCAUUUCGGAACAAUGCAUUGUUACUCGAGCUCUGGUGCCCUACUUUCCAAUGCGAGCUAUAUCCACUGCCGCUCUGAUUCAGACAGCCGAUUAUACAGAAGGGGCUCUCGUUGGGAAUUGUCAGAGAGUGGAGAAUCUACAGUUUCAGACUUAGAUGAGACCGAGUCAGGAACCACUUCUGAAUCAGCAGCCAAUAUAGAUCCGAAUAUUCCUUAUCCAGGAAUUGCACCCGUAACCCUACGAUAUCUGUCUCAAACAACUAGACCAAGAAGUUGGUGCUUAGCUCUAGUUUCUAGCUCAUGGUUUGAAAGAGUUUCGAUGAUAGUUAUUCUACUAAAUUGUUUCACUUUAGGAAUGUACCAACCUUGUUCUGACAAAGAUCCAUGUACAACAAACAAAUGUUUAAUAUUACAGAGAUUCGAUGAAUUUAUCUUCGCCUUCUUUUCUCUUGAAAUGACUAUUAAAAUGAUCGCCAUGGGAGUGUAUGGACCUGGUUCAUAUUUAGCUGAUUCCUGGAACCGUCUGGACUUGUUCAUUGUUAUUGCUGGAGCUGUUGAGUAUGGUUUGCCAAAUUUUAUUAAUUUUUCAGCUAUAAGGACUAUAAGAGUAUUGAGACCUCUUCGUGCUAUUAACAGGAUACCAAGUAUGAGGAUAUUAGUAAUGCUACUUUUAGAUACUUUACCUAUGUUAGGAAACGUUCUAUUGUUAUGCUUUUUUGUAUUCUUUAUUUUUGGAAUAAUUGGAGUCCAAUUGUGGCAAGGGAUUUUGAGACAGCGGUGUGUUCUAAAUCGUGUCGAGUUCCCUACUGUUGAUUUCCCUGAAGAUUUAAUCUAUUUCUACAAACCUGUUGAUUCCGACUACAUUUGUAGCAAAAGCCACAAUUCGGGAAUGCACUUCUGCGCAAAUUUACCAAACUAUAAAAACGGUAAUAUUGCAUGCACUUUGACUUACGAAGAAAAAAACUAUCCCCAAUAUAGCGAUAACGAUUCCUACUGUGUUAAUUGGAAUCAGUAUUAUACCCUGUGUUCAGACAAAAACCACAAUCCCUUUCAGGACACUAUAUCUUUUGAUAAUAUAGGAUUAGCAUGGAUUGCAAUAUUUUUAGUAAUUUCAUUGGAAGGUUGGACAGAAAUAAUGUACUACAUCCAGGACGGACAUAGUUUCUGGGAUUGGAUUUAUUUCGUAUUACUUAUAGUGAUUGGAUCAUUCUUUAUGAUAAACUUGUGCCUUGUCGUCAUUGCCACUCAAUUUUCUGAAACAAAGAAGCGGGAAAUGGAGCGAAUGCGGCUAGAAAGAGCGAGAUUUCAAAGUAGUAGUACCCUAGCAUCAUCUACGAAUAAUAGCGAACCUUCUAGCUGCUAUGCUGAAAUUAUUAAAUACAUCGCUCACUUAUGGCGAAGAUCUAAACGAAAGGUUUUAAUAAAAAUUAGGUUUUACAUUUUGAGGAGGAAUCAGAGGAGUCAGUUGAUAGCUGGUGAUACUAUUCGAUUGAACUAUGGUAAACAGCACCAUCCCAACUGCUCCAAACUUACGUUAAUUAGCUCUGCAAAUUUACUUUCUCCAGCGUCGGUUUCAAGUAAUACCAGAAGAUCAUCAGUGAUGUUUAGCGAUCUAAUUAUAUUACACGGACAAAAUAGCUCCACGACAGCUUAUAAGAAAAACGUAUGUUCAAGCGAGAAAACAACUCAAGCAGGAGACGGAAAUAUCUGGCAAAUUGCCACAGCUUCAGACCAACCUGACAUUCAAACACAACAAAUUCAGCAACAAUGUAACAAUCUUAUGAAUGGUGAAACUCUAACGUGCCAAGAACUACUAGCUCUAGGGGCUAUAAAUGCAGCCCUCUCCACUGGCCAAAUACUUCUAGAUAUAUUUUUCAAUUCAAUUACGAAAGGUAUCAAGAAAGACAGUGAAAACAAUUAUCUUCAGCACGUCUCAGACGACAACUUUUCCUGCUGUCAAGAUCUCUGGCAGUGCGAAGUGGAAUAUAAAACUGAGAAACGAACAAAAUUGUAUAUCUAUUGCUGCUUGGUGUUAAAAGGAAUUCUAAAAGCUUUUAAAGUCUUCAGGAAAAAAAUUAAAAAGAUAGUGGUACAUAAGUGUUUCCAGGAGGGUAUUCUUGUGGCGAUUUUGAUAAAUACGCUUUCGAUGGGCAUUGAGCAUCACAAUCAGGCGGAGAUAUUGACACAUAUUGUUGAAGUGACUAACAUUAUAUUUUCUGCUAUAUUUGGCGUCGAAAUGCUUCUGAAAAUCAUUGCUGAAGGUCCGUUUGGUUAUAUAUCUAAUGGGUUUAACGUAUUUGAUGGGAUUAUUGUAGUUCUAAGUGCUGUGGAGCUAUUCAGAAAUUGCACCAGCGACCUUCACACAGAUUCAGGACUAUCAGUACUGAGAACCUUUCGUCUAUUGAGAAUAUUGAAACUAGUGAGAUUUAUGCCAAAUUUGAGGAGGCAGUUGUUUGUUAUGUUAAGAACGAUGGACAAUGUAGCGAUAUUUUUCUCCUUACUGAUACUCUUCAUUUUUAUCUUCAGCAUUCUGGGAAUGUAUCUAUUCGGCGGUAAGUUUUGCGUCUAUGUAGACGAUUAUGGUUCCACCAAGGAAUGCACCUGUGAAUCGAUGGACAAUAUACGAUGUCGAUGCGACCGAAAACACUUCAACAACAUCCUCUGGGCCACUGUCACAGUAUUUCAAAUUUUAACACAAGAAGACUGGAACAUAGUUUUGUCGAAUGGAAUGGCAAAAACUUCAAAUUGGGCCGCGCUUUACUUUGUUGCCUUAAUGACGUUUGGUAACUAUGUGCUAUUUAAUUUGUUAGUUGCUAUCCUUGUCGAGGGAUUUAGCUCAGAGAGAAAUGAACGCAGAGAACGAGAACAAAGAGAAUUGGCAAAGCGUAAAAUGUCGUGCAUUAUUGAAGCCAGUUUGCGCAGAAAUUGUGGAGAUAGUAAUUAUUCUUUAUCUAGCUCCUCGGAGAAUUGUUUUCCGGAAUACAAAAAUUAUUGGAAGCCAGAUGAAGCAAGAAAUGUCAAAAAUUUGAACCAGCACGCAGCUAGCUGUGAUUUUAAGGAUAUUCAUCUGAACGGAAAUUAUCCAUUUCGGUAUAGAGAUCCGAAAUCAAAUAUACAAAAAGAAAGUUUAGCAAGGCUUCCGAUCAAAAGGUCAUCCCCUCCAAUAAUUACGCACACUGCAGCAACUCCGCAGGAUUCGCCAAGUAUGACACUCAAAGAAUUUUCGGAGUUCCAAUUUCAGGUAAACAACUCAAUCUCAACAAAAGAAGGCACUCAACCUUCAGUUAAUGUUAUUACUCAAAAAAUUGAGAAUUCGAAAUUACUAGUCCCGCCAAAACUCUCCCCACCUCCGUCGACUUUUCGACAAUUUAAACACAGUAGCGUAGACGAUUCAAACAGCAGAGUAUGUAAAAUAGUCACGUAUAAUGAAAAAAGCGGACCUAAUACAGUAACGUACUCAGAAAAGGUUGGUCCAGCUUUCUGCACGGGAAGCACCAAACAUUUAGCCAGUCGAAGUAGUUGGGAAGGUCCUAGAAAAGUUGCUACAAAGUCUAGUUUUAAAAAGAGCAAAAACGUUUCUGAAGUACCAGCCGAAAAUAUACCAUUAAAUAAUGGAAGACAUCAUUCCCAAUGUAGUGGAAAGGGGCAGAGUCCAAUUCCAGCACAUUUAAGAAGGAAAAACUAUUUUAAGAAAACGUCCAUACAAGAAAACCAAGUUAGUAAAAACAGUAAUGUACACGCAAAGAAGAAUAAUACUAAUACAAUCAAAUUUGUUAACAAAUCUAAUGAGAAAAUACUUCCACAGUUAAGUAUUGACAAAGGUAUCAAGGCAAGAAUAAAGAAAAAGAUAUCCUCGGUUUUUCAGACAGCUGAUUUCUUAAAGAAUAGAGAGGACUAUUCAUUGUAUCUAUUUUCACCUGAUAAUAAGUUUAGGAAAUAUUGUUGUUGGGUAGUAAAGCAAGCUUGGUUUGAUAACUUGGUACUAAUUUUCAUAGCUCAGAAUUGCAUUACACUUGCAAUGGAAAGACCAAAUAUUCCACCUGACAGUCCCGAAAAGAUAUUUUUACAAUGUUCAAAUUAUAUUUUUUCAAUUGUGUUUGCUACAGAAAUGUUUAUUAAAGUGGUUGCAUCUGGGAUGUGUUACGGACCCAAUGCGUACUUUACUUCUGGAUGGAAUGUCAUGGAUGGAUCCUUAGUAAUAAUAUCUGUAGUAGAUAUCAUAAUGUUCUUAAUAAACGACACAACUUCAAGAAUAUUUGGAAUUUUAAGAGUAUUUCGUCUACUUAGAUCACUCCGCCCAUUGAGAGUAAUAAAUAGAGCUCCUGGAUUAAAAUUAGUUGUACAGACAUUGUUAUCAUCUCUUAGGCCUAUCGGAAAUAUUGUUCUCAUUUGCUGUACGUUUUUUAUUAUAUUUGGAAUACUGGGUGUACAGUUGUUCAAAGGAUCUUUCUACUAUUGUGUGGCUGAAAAUUUAACCGGCAUUGAAACAAAAGAUGACUGCAUUGCUAAAGGAUACAACUGGAAAAACCAAAAAUAUAAUUUUGAUGACUUAGUUCAAGCUCUGAUGUCUCUAUUCGUCUUAAGCUCAAGAGAUGGCUGGGUAAACAUUAUGUAUACAGGACUUGAUGCGGUAGGAGUUGAUAGACAGCCCAAGGUGAAUUAUUCUGAAUGGCGACUGUUAUAUUUUAUAGCGUUUAUACUAUUAGUUGGAUUCUUUGUACUUAACAUGUUUGUUGGAGUAGUUGUAGAAAACUUUCAUAGAUGCAGAGAAGAACAGGAAAAAGAAGAAAAGAUUAGAAAAGCUGCCAAGCGUGCGUUGCAGAUGGAAAAACGAAGAAGAAAAAUGAACGAGCUUCCAUAUUACAUUGAUUAUCCUCCUUGGAGACUGGAGAUUCAUAAAAUAGUGACUUCCAAGUAUUUCGAUCUAGCCAUAGCGUUGGUUAUAGGUUUGAAUGUCAUUACUAUGGCCACAGAACGUUACCAUAUGCCAGAUUAUUGGGAAUACGCUCUCAGAAUUUUUAACUAUUUCUUCACGGCUGUAUUCAUUUUAGAAAGUACAAUGAAAUUAGUUGCCUUAGGUAUAAAGAUAUACGUCAAAGAUAAAUGGAAUCUCCUUGAUGUAGCCAUUGUGAUAUUAUCUGUAGUAGGAAUUGUUAUUGAAGAGAUAGUGCAAGAUCUGAAGAUAAUACCGAUUAAUCCAACAAUAAUAAGGGUUCUAAGAGUAAUGAGAAUUGCACGGGUUUUGAAGUUAUUGAAAAUGGCGAAAGGUAUAAGAGCUCUUUUAGACACCGUCAUGCAAGCUUUACCACAAGUUGGAAAUUUGGGACUGCUGUUCUUUUUAUUGUUUUUCAUAUUCGCUGCGCUGGGAGUGGAAUUAUUUGGGAGAUUGGACUGCAGCUGUACUCCAUGUCAAGGAUUGGGUGAACACGCACAUUUUCAAAAUUUUGGAAUGGCAUUUCUAACUCUGUUUAGGGUAGCCACCGGAGAUAAUUGGAAUGGAAUCAUGAAAGACACCUUAGAUGAUGAACACUGUGAUCACGGAGAUGACUGUAUCAACAAUUGUUGCAUAUCUCCAAUUAUAGCUCCAAUAUUCUUUGUUAUAUUCGUCCUGAUGGCUCAAUUCGUAUUAGUUAAUGUAGUUGUAGCAGUUCUAAUGAAACAUCUAGAAGAAUCUCACAAACAAUUAGAAGACGAACACGAUAUGGACGUUCAAUUGGAGAGAGAAUUUGUUGAAAAACAGGAAAGAAACGCGAGAGAGCUCUAUCUAGCUCUUCAAGCCGACCAAGAAUGUCAGGCACAACAAAAGAAAACCUUAGUUAAAGUUAUGUCACUGCCAUCCGACUUCACGUAUACCCCUCCUGGGACAAAGGUCACUUUAAAAAUAGAAAAUCCAAUAAUAAACGAAAAUAUUUCGGUUAUUCAAAGUUCACCAUCACCCAGCCCUAGCAGAAAGAACUUGAAGAGUCCAGAUGAAUCCAUGGCCGACAUUUAUAGUAUAGGAUCCGUGUCAGAAGAAAUUAAAAGAGACAAAGGGUAUCAACAAAAUCCAGACAAAGAUAUCUUCCUGAAGGACGAACAUAAAAAUAAACCGAAAGUUGAACAGAAUCCGUCUUUCUUGAUGGUUCCCCAGGAAAGAGAGGUACUGCUGCAACGAUCUGGCAGUGUCAAGAACUUGCUCAGGAAACAGCUGUCGAUGGAUAUCAGUGAAGAAUCCGCCGUUUUACUGUCAAUUCCAUCAAUUCCGAAAGUUCAAAAAAGACAAAAAAAUACUUAAGUUACUUUUAAUUAUUAUUUGGUGUUAAUGGCUUUAAGAACUGUGUUAAUAGGAACAACUAAGAAAAAUAUUAUUUCGUAACGGGAUCAUCAUUAUCUUUGCAUUAUCCAUAUGCGGAGUCGGCUUCCCUUAUUGCAUUACUCCAUAAGUUUUUACCUUGGGUCAUAUCAACAGCAAUUCCCUUUACCGACAUGUCCUGUCUAAAAGUCUCCCCCCCCCCUACGUCAUCUGUGGUCCUCCUCUCCUACUCUUCCCGGAACCCGCAAUUCAGCAAUUUUUCAAUCCUUUUUUGUUACUCCUCUCAUCCAUCUAAGCAUUUUCAUUUCGGCCACAUGCAUUCGUUAUCCCUCUUUCUUUUUAACUGCCCAACAUUCAGUUCCGUACAUCAUAGCCGGUCGUAUGGCUGUUUUAUAUAAUUUUCCCUUCAGCUUCAUUGGAAUUUUUCUGUCACACAACACACAUUUGCUUCUUUUCAUUUCAACCAUCCAACCCUAAUUCUAUUGCAAGCGUCUCCAUCUAUUUCCCCAUUACUCUGUAAUACCGAUCCUAGGUACUUAAAACUCUUACUUUUCACAAUCAUUUUACCAUCCAAAGAUAUCAUUUUAUUUGUUGCAACUCCAUCUUUAAACGGACAUUCCAAAUAUUCCGUCUUUGUCCUACUAAGUUUUAAUCCUUUUUUCUUAAGAGCUUGUCUCCACUGUUCCAGUUUUUGUUCUGUCUCUUUCACUAUUUCCUACUAACACGACUUCAUCAGCAUACAUUCAACACCAAAGAAUGUUACCCUGUAGUUUCACUGUUACCUGAUCCAAAACAAAUGAGAAUAAAUAAAAACUAAUCUGAACUCCGAAAAAACUACACCGAACCUUCCAAUCACGGUGUAGUCCUACUGUCACAUAUGAAAUUUAUCAGUAUCUCCCACACCUGUCCCAACACUAAUUAUUGUUACUCCCUCAUGCAUAUUUCGUAGUGAGAGAAAUAAUUAAGAAACAUUGUUAAAUUUCUUGGUCCACUGUUUAUACUUAAAAUUUAUAUUUUUUAAAUGUGUGAACAAAUUCGACACUAUUACUGUUAUCUGUAGAGGAUAAUAUUUUAGGGUUGAUCUACAGACUAUAAUAUACAGGGUGUCCAGAAGCUCUACCGACAAAUGAAGACAGCAGAUUCCUCAGAUAAUUUUAAGAUAUUUUAACCCAAUUCACCUAGUCCGAAAAUGCUUCCUAAGGGAGCUAGAGCUCUUUGAAGAUGGCGUCAUGUAAUUAGUUUUUCUUAAAUACCUCCAGACCGCCUCCAUUUAGAAAAACAAAAAUUGGUACACAUAUUUAUCUUCCAGAGAUAAAUCGAUUCCAUACAUAAUGAAUUUCUAGUACCGGUCAUAGGCGUCCGUUUUGGGUAGGGGGACAGUUAUUUUAUCGCAUAACUUUUUAUCUUUCAUUUCAAAGCAUUUUUGACUCUGAAUUAUUAAAUUGCGAGUUAUUUUACAACUAAAAGGUACUCUUGUUUUAAGUCGAAAGGAUACACCGUUUUCUAGAAAAAUCGAUUUGAACAUUUUUCUUUUUUUUGAAUUUCCAAAACCAAUUCAAAAAUAAACUAUUUAGAAAUCCGAAAACUGGUACGUUUAUUUAUAUUUCAGAGACGAAUCGAUUUCAUUAAAUGCGAAUUUCUAGUACGGGUCAAAUGCGUCCGUUUUGGGUAGGUCAACGGUUAUUUUAUCGCAUAACAAUUUUGUCUUUAAUUUUUAAGCAUUCUUGACUCUAGAUUAUUAACUUAUGAGGUAUUCGAGUACUAAAAGUUACUCUUGCUUUAAGUUGGUUACAUACACCGUUUUUUUUUUGAAAAAAUUUUUCAAUUUUUUUUCAAAUUCAAAAAACGAAAAAGUUUCAAAUCGAUUUUUCUACAAAACCGUGUGUUUUUCCAACUUAAAUCAAGAGUACCUUUUAGUACUAGAAUACCUCACAAUUUAAUAAUCCAGUGGCAAAAAUGCAUAAAAGUUAAAGGCAAAAAAGUUAUGUGAUAAAAUAACCGUUGCCCUACCCAAAACGGACGCCUAUGAUCGAUACUAGAAAUUCGCAUGGGAUGGAAUCGAUUUAUCUCUGGAUGGUAAAUAUACGCACCGAUUUUUGUUUUUCUAAAUUAAAGGGUUCUUAAGGUAUUUAAGAAAAACUAAUUAUAAGACGCCAUUUUCAAAGAGCUCUAGCUCCCUUAGAAAGCAUUUUCGGACUAGGUGAAUUGGGCUAAAUUGUCUUAAAAUUAUCUGUAAAAUCUCCUGUCUUCGUUUGUCGGUAGAGUUUCUGGACACCCUGUAUAACAACCACAACUAAAUUGUGUGCUAUAUACAGGGCGGGGCAUUAGUGAAAGGCAGUAAAAGUACUCAUUUGUCAUAGGAGAUACGAAAAAAAGUGUUAAGGAAAAAAAUAGGGCAUAGAUAAUAGGACUAAAAAUAUUUUAAAAUAUACAGGGCCACCUAUAUUGACCGGGUGGAACAAACUAUUUUUUUUACUUAAUGGAACACUCUAUAUAUCUUUACAUCUUUAAACUCUCCUCGAUGUUCUCGUUUUUUAAUAUUAGGUUUUGUAAUGUUAUAUGAAUUACCUAGUUUAAAAAAAAAUUACGACUUUUAUUAAUUUCCUAACAAUAUUAACACCCUGUAGAAUGGUACAGGUUUGACAUAGAAAAUCUAUUCAUAUUCAAAACUGUUUUGAUAUAUUCUGCUAUUGUCCAAAAUCAUUAACAUAUCGAAAUAUUUAAUUUUUAUAUACAGGGUUGGUCGAAACUUGGAAUGAGUAUUUUCUAAGUUUUCUCUCUAUUGUAGUAUUGUCAUUAAAUGCUAUUUUACGAUACCUAAUUAUUUAUUAAGCAUUUCCUAUAACAAAUUGCUUUAAUUUGUGAGUAGUUCGUGAUAAUUUGAGCCAAAUUUUAUUGUAACCAUAAUUAGGUGAAAUUAGAUUGGGCAUGAAAAUAUUAAAUCAAAAAAUAUUUUUAGAAAAAAAUACAUAAUAAUGUAAACAUUUUUAAAAACUAUCUGACAACAGAUUUAUAGUAAGCUUGGAUGAAUCAGAAGAUGGUAUUGCGGUAAAUGGCUACCUUAUAAAGGGUUCCAAAGGAUGAUGGAUAAUGUUGUAGAAACAUGUAAUAAAUACUGCUUAAAACUCAAUUGUAAGAAGACAAAAAUAAUGAUCAUUAGUAAUACCGCCAACAUAAACGCCCAAAUUACAAUAAGCUAUACACUGCUAGAAAGAGUGGAGAAAAUAAUAUGCUACUUGAGCUGCAAUAUUAAGGAUACCUGGAAUAAUAGCUAUGAAAUAAUAACUCAUAUUGAAAGCGCCAAAAGCUCUUUUAGCGGUCUUAGAAAGAAUAUUUGCAACUUAUUAAUUGGUAUACCUACGCACAAAAAUUCUUAGAUGUUACGUUUGACUUUUAAAAAUAAUUGGUAAUAAUGGUCUAGAUCUAAAGUGUCUCAUCUAAAUCUGCUAUCGUAGCAUUUAUUAUUUAUCCCAAUAACAUUGCUUGGAAUGCAAUGAAGUAUGGAUACUUUAGUGUUACAUACAUGCAUGUGGUAGUAUUCAUUGCUUACUAGAAUUGCUGAUAGUGUAUUUGAUAUUAUUUAUAUCAAUAGUUUUUCCUAUUAUUUACCCUCUUCUCUACAUCCAAGUAUUAAAACUUAGACAAUUAUUGCUUGGUAUCUCUUAUUAAUCAUUUCGAAUAGUUGCAAAAGUAUUGUCAUGAAUACAUAAGCUGAUACUGCAUUAUAAUUAGAGAAUGCAUGUCAAAGUUAAUGAAAAUCCUCCAAAUAGAUAUUUGAAAAUAGAUGCAUCAGAAUAAGUAGAAAGCAGAAGCGAUAACGUACCUAAUAGGCAAUAUUUUAUAGGAUUGUGAACAUGGAUUACCAAAUGAUAUAAGAAAAUGAGAAUAUUAUUUGGUAGUAGUGUUAAAGAAACAAAAAGAAGACACCAAAUUCAAAUGUAAGCCAUACAUUCAAGAAGUUAUCAAUAAAGAUUUAGUUGUGCUGCUUGAAGCUGAUCUACAGCAAAUGUUGAAAUGGAACCAAAAAACGUUUUGCCAGAACUAAAUCAUAAAUAAGUAGAUUUUAACGUUGACUACUGAUUAUGUAUAACCUACGAAAUAUAGAUAUAUGUAGGUAGAUAAUAAUUCUGUCCUUGUGGGAUCGGUACUCACCGGAGGGACCGCAGACGUUCGGAAACAAUUAGCGUCUCUUUGCAAAGACAAUGACGUCGACUUUGCAAAGUAACAAGACACUUACUCAACACACACACUACACAUUACUCCCCUGACUUAGUGAUAAGUUAUACAAUUACGUGGCUAAAGGUUCUAGUUCUAAACCAAAGCCAGAAUCAGAGAAAAAAAAAGGUAGAUAAUAAACAUUAACAUUCUACAAGUCGAUUAAUUAUAAUUUGAUUCAUUGAAAAAAGAAUAUACCUAAGCCUCCGUGAUCUCCAUAUCAAAAUUAUCGAUUAUAUCAAAAUAUAGAGUUUUAGACUAAAUUAAUUAGAAAUAUAAUAAUUAUUAUUAUUGUUAGUUUACACACACCGUGCUUAGAUAUGUUUAAAUUAUUUAGAUAAACUGAAACGAGUAGUAGGACUAUCAAAAUAUAGUAAGUAAGAAGUAAGAAUAUAAAAAAUAAGUAAGUAACUCAAAAAUAAUAUUGUAAUAGAAUCUUUUUUAAACGGUCUUGUAUUUUCGAUAUAUAAUUUUUACCUGUCUAUAGACUUGAUGUAUAAAAGUAUAAUAAAAUGUGUUAUUUUAA